CAAGACCACUUAAUAUGUGAGACUUCAUGGAGACUUGUCCUCGAGCGGCUUAAAAUCGUAACUCGGCAGCCCGUCUCUCCUCUCGAUUCGCUGACGCAAUUGGGAAGUUUCAGGCUGCUGGUCUUCGUCAACACGAGGCUUGCAGUCCUACUCGGUGAAAAGGAGUCCAGUCCACUCAAAAUCGCAAGUUUCCGCGUAUUCAUUUGAGAGCCUCAAACCCGCGGGACCGAAAAUGCGCCAAUCUAGCAGGAAAUCUCGCCAUGGCUGCACGGAAUGCAAAAGGCGCCACAUUAAAUGCGACGAGACUCGGCCGUCUUGUGCCAAUUGUAGGUCUCGCGACAGGCAAUGCUCUUUCCUCCUGUUAGUUCCUUCAUUUCCAGCCACGCCGGCCUCAUCCACCUCUUCUAGCUUGGUAGAUUCGUCACACAAUGAUUCCUUCUCGCUUGCCAACUGCGCAAGCACUUCUGAUACUUAUCCACCAACUCCGUUGUCACAGGAUGAGCCAGUCACCACACUUUACCCAAACCCUUUAUCCUCGUCAACCAAUCAGCUUUUCAAACUUCCCCAUUUAGAGCUUCUCCUUCAUUUUGGGACCGAUAUGCGGAAGGAUCUAACUCUGGAAGACACUGAAGCCGGAGGUUUCAUCGACUUGGCACUCCAAGAAGCCAUUAAAACACCAUAUCUGAUGGACCAGAUUAUCGCCGUAUCAGCUGCCCACAUGAGCACGAAGCGCCCGGACCAAGAAAAUUUCUACCGGGACGAAGCAACGUACCUGCAGACACGUGCAUUGGCUAUAUUCAAUGCAGGCCCAAUUACUAUGUCCGACGACAACUGCCUCGCUGUUUUUCUCUUCUCAAUCCUGCUUGCACAACAAGUGCUGUUCGAUACGCUGUCUACACGAGCGAAUUUGUCGACGUUUUUGGACAAAAUGGUUUCCUGCUUGACUGUUUGCGGCGGAAUCCGGGGUAUCGCUGGUCAGUCCUGGCAAUCCAUCGAUGCACAGUUCCGACGACAUGAUGGGAGAAGUACGGCUGAGGGGUGGGCGGACCAAACAGAGGACGAUACGAGCAUAACGACAGAGUUCUCCCGCCUCGAUGAUCUGGUGGAUAAUACCGAUCUUAGUGCUUCUUCUCGAGAUGCCUACAUUCAGGCCGUAAACCUCCUUCAGAGACUAUCCAGUGCUGCAGAAGGGCCCCAGGACUCUUCACUUCGCUGUGCUAACCUUGCACUUCGAUGGGCUGUCAUGGUUCCAUCCGACUUCGUUCGACUUGUUGAUCAGCGUCGACCGGAGGCUUUAAUAGUGCUUGCUUAUUAUGCGGUGCUGAUUUAUGAGGCUAGAGAUUUCUGGGCUUUUGGAGAUGCGGGAGAGUUCAUUAUCCAGACUAUCACCAUAAGUCUGGGUACUUACUGGGCUAAGUGGCUUGCAUGGCCGAAUGAGGUGCUAAGUCGAGCGGGGAAUGUACAGCCCGGUUGAGGACUGAUGAUAGAACUUACUAAAGAAACUUUCGGUUCUGG